AUGGUGAAGCUGAAUGGGAACCCCAGUGAGAAGGGAGCCAAGCCACCUUUGGUUGAGGAUGGUUUUCAGACUGUCCCUCUCAUCACCCCUUUGGAGGUGAAUCACUUACAGCUGCCUGCUCCAGAAAAGGUGAUCGUGAAGACAAGGACGGAGUAUCAGCCGGAACAGAAGAACAAGGGGAAGUUCCGGGUGCCGAAAAUCGCUGAGUUUACGGUCACCAUCCUUGUCAGUCUGGCCCUCGCCUUCCUCGCCUGCAUUGUAUUCUUGGUGGUUUACAAAGCCUUCACCUAUGACCACAGCUGCCCAGAAGGAUUUGUCUACAAGCACAAGCGCUGCAUCCCAGCCUCCCUGGAUGCCUACUACUCGUCCCAGGACCCCAGCUCCAGGAGCCGCUUCUACACGGUCAUCAGCCACUACAGUGUGGCCAAGCAGAGCACUGCUCGCGCCAUAGGGCCCUGGCUCUCGGCCGCUGCCGUCAUCCACGAGCCCAAGCCGCCUAAGACCCAGGGCCACUAAAGGCCCAGCCUGGUAGUGGGGGGUGGAGGGAGGUGGUGGGAAGGGGGACCCCCACACCAGCCGAACCUACGUCCAGUUAUCAGAUAGCACUGUC